AUGGGAAAUAUUGUAAAAAUUUUCCAAAACCCGGACUUUGCUAUUUUUAAACCAAUUAAAGCUUGGGUAGCAAAUAAAAGUUUUUACGAACGGGUAACGUUCGAAAGCAACGGCAUAUUAAAAACGGUAUUAAUAAAGUUUGUUAUUAAAAAGUACGGAAAGUUAACGCAAAUAAAAUAUAAAUUUUUAUACAUACCAAUACGGUACAACAAGGAUGUAAAAAGCUUGUAUAAACUUUUUAGCAACCUUAACAACCUAAAAUAUAUAAGGGUACCAAUAACAAUUAGUUUAAACGAGCAAUAUUUUUACAUAUGGGAAAGCCAAUUAAAUAUAACAACAAAUGGAUUAAUAUUAAAAUUAAUUAUUUUAAUUUUUAAUACCGAAACAAAACCUUCCAAAUAA